CCUGAAGAGAGAGAGAGAGAGAGAGAGAGACACACACACACACACAGAGAUGGGGUGGGCCAUCGCUCUUCAUGGUGGGGCAGGCGACAUACCACUGUCGUUGCCGGCCCACCGCAGAGAGCCGGCUGAAGCCGUCCUCCGGCAUUGCCUGCAAAUCGGCGUGUCUGCACUGAAAGCCAACACUCCUCCCUUAGACGUGGUGGAGCUCGUGGUUCGUGAGCUAGAAAAUAGUCCACAUUUCAAUGCUGGUAGAGGUUCUGUUUUAACUACCAAUGGGACGGUUGAAAUGGAAGCAUGCAUUAUGGAUGGAACAAAGAAAUGUGGAGCUGUUUCAGGUCUUUCCACCAUUGUUAAUCCCAUAUCUCUUGCACGGCUUGUAAUGGAGAAAACUCCUCAUAUUUAUCUGGCAUUUGACGGAGCAGAAGCAUUUGCAAAGGAACAAGGUGUUGAAACUGUUGAAUCAAGUCAUUUCAUCACUCCACGAAACAUCGAAAGGCUAAGUCAAGCAAAAGAAGCCAACAAAGUGCAGCUUGAUUAUACACAACCACCGCCUCCAAAAGAUGAACCACAGGACCCUGCAGCCAAUGAAGGAGAUAGCCAAAUCGGGACUGUUGGAUGUGUGGCUGUCGACAGGCACGGAAACUUAGCUACCGCAACUUCCACAGGCGGGUUCGUGAACAAGAUGGUGGGUAGGAUUGGUGAUACUCCAGUCAUCGGUGCGGGCACAUAUGCCAACAGUUUCUGUGCAGUCUCAGCAACAGGCAAAGGUGAGUUCAUCAUCAGGGCCACUGUGGCCCGGGACGUUGCUGCCCUUAUGGAGUACAAAGGACUCUCUCUCAAGGAAGCGGCUGCUUACGUUAUAGAACAGUGCACUCCAAAAGGCACUGCUGGCUUAGUUGCUGUUUCUGUUACAGGAGAAGUCACAAUGCCAUUCAACACAACAGGCAUGUUCCGUGCAUGUGCUACCGAAGAUGAGUAUUCUGAAUUCGGAAUAUGGCCUUCUCUCACUGAUUCUGCUAUUUAGGAGAGUAAAAAAGGUGGCAUUUAUAAGAAUUUCAACCUGUGGAUAUGCACAGUAACCUCAAAGUCUUGAGUUUGUACAAGUGGGGUUCAUGGCAAGGUGAUCAGAUCCGUUGAUCUAAAAGGCUCCAAUGUGGAUGGACUUCCCACAAAAUCUCUAAUCCGUCAAUUGGCAAGGCAUGGGGGAUGUAGGCAUAUCCUGCCUAUCACAUUGGGUCCCAUCAGGACAAUGGUCUGCAUGACAAAGCCAUGAGCCCCAAUCAUGCAAACUGAAGGCUUGAGGACACUUAUGCUCAGCACAAAUAUGGUGUGUGUGUGUGUGUGUGUGUGUGUGUUGUGAAGUUUCAAGUUGGGUCUGUGUAGAAUAGAGCUCAGAUUCUUGGGCUAUAAAUGACAAUUUGAAUGUGAUGGACUGCGAUUGAUAGUGUAAUUCCUGUUAGGAUGAUGUGGUUGUGUUUGGAUGCAAAACCAAAUUAGAUUGUGAUAAUUAAAAAGUUUCAACAAAUUACAAUAACAGUUGUUGACCCACUUUAUCUAGA